AUCACAGUGCGGCCAUUGUCUGCCGGAGCUCCAGAAAUUCAAACGAAGAAAUCCAAUUUGAAGAUUCAGGAUUUUGAAGAAGUUUUUUUAAAUUUUUGAUCACAUAUUCAAAAUUAUGGAAAAUAAGACUUUGAACCAAUGCGCUUCAGUAGCAAAGUAUAUUGGAGAAAUAAUCAAAUUUUCAUGUAAUGACGAAUUCCGUGAAAAAUGUAAGAAGAUUUGCAAGGUCUCAUCCACAUCUGAGUGUCAGAAAGUUUUAGAGAAAAAGUUAUUUGAAAUUACUACAGACUAUGAGAACUCGAAAUUGAAAGGCAGGAAAAGGAAGACGUCUUCAAACGAUAGUCAAACCACAAUAGCAAAAGCAUUUGAAAAACAGAGAAUGCUGGAAGCUGCUGGCAUCAUGAGAAAAAACAUUGUUUCAAAAGAAAAUUCAGUUCCAAUGCUGGAGUCCAUCCCAAGAAUGGUGCUCAAGCAACAGCCCAUUACAGAUUUGUUCAAACAACAAAGAAGAAUCCCAAAUUUCAAUUCGAUAGCGUUGAAACCAAGCAUGUCAUUAGGCCUACUCAAUGAUAAUGAUUGGAGUCUUGGAAAUGAGUCACAAAAGCUUCCUAUCCAACAAAUCAGUUUUCAGUCAACAAAAAUCACCUCCAAACCCAAUAAAUCGAAAUACAAUAUUCUGGAGCAAUCUAUUUUGGAUCCCAAAAAUUUUCAAUGGAAUGAGAAUAAAAGUCAAGGUGUACCGAUAACACCUCCUUCCAUCAUGCCGGCCAAAUUAGCAGCCACAGCACUUAAGGAUAAUGAUGCGUUAUCUAUCAUGUCUGAUCCAAGAAUAUUCAUGUGGAAUUGAGGUGGUAGAACCAUCAUGUUGAAAUAGGAGAAAAGAAGUACUGAAUACUGGCAGAAAUAUUUUCAAGUCAGACAUAGAAGAAAGUAAAUACUGCACAUAUUUUGAAGUCCAAAUUAAUUUUGAAGAAAUAGGUGUUCUGCCUUUUGGGAAAGAUAUAGCUUAUUCAUUGAAUGUCAAUUUUUCCUCAAGCCAUGAAAAAGUAUUAUAAAGAGGUCCACGUUUUAAUGGCUGUGUUUGAUUAGCAAUGGUAUUGCUAUCCUUGUCUAUCAUUCAACAAAGCAGAUAGCGCUAUCUAUUUCUCGCUUUGCUCUGUUGCCAGAUCGAGUUUUUAACAAUGUUUAAUAUAAUUGAUUAACCAGAUAGGUAUUUAAUCUCUUUGAUCUAAGAAUCUUUUAAUUUCAUAUUAAUUUAUAAAAAAAAACUCAACACUCGGCCUCUGCGCUCAGGUUUUCUUUACCUUGCAGGGUCCCUCCUUAUAUAAUAUAUAAUUCACUUAUUUUACUACCUACUGUAUAAUAUCUAACUGUUAUGUAUUUUAUACUUUGAGUUUCAAACUUUGUAACUAUCGUUAAGGAUAAAUAAAUUU